AGUGCGGCAGCUCUCCCAGUCCCACACCUCUUUCCUCUACCCCUAUACCCUGUCCCCACCCCCAGCUCCUUAAUCAUUCGGUUUAACCAGUUUUUUGCCGAGAGCUCCGGGAGUACUAAAAGGCAGAGAAUUAACCCGCCUCCCCCUAACCCCACCAAAUAGUCUCACUUUGCGCUAAAGCCUUUCACUUUUGCCUUAAAACCCCCGGCCCCUUUCGGGUAGACAAGUAGGGGGAGUGCGAAUACUGCUGGAUCCCAGGAAACUGGUCCCACGAAGGCUCCAUCUAGGAUCGUCCGCUACCGAGAAGUAUUCCCGGAGCUCUCCGUUCUGCGGGGUGACAAUGAGCCAAAGAUUAUUUCUCUUUAUUCAGAAGCAUAAAGUUAUUUGCUGAUUGCCAGAAGAUGUUUCUUUGGCUCUUUCUGAUUUUGUCAGCCCUGAUUUCUUCGACAAAUGCAGAUUCUGACAUCUCAGUGGAAAUUUGCAAUGUGUGCUCCUGCGUGUCAGUAGAGAAUGUGCUCUAUGUCAACUGUGAGAAAGUUUCAGUGUACAGGCCAAACCAGCUGAAACCACCUUGGUCUAAUUUUUAUCACCUGAAUUUCCAAAACAAUUUCUUAAAUAUCCUCUAUCCAAAUACGUUCUUGAAUUUUUCUCACGCAGUAUCCCUGCAUCUGGGAAAUAAUAAACUGCAGAACAUUGAGGGAGGAGCCUUUCUGGGGCUCAGUGCAUUAAAGCAGUUGCACUUGAACAACAAUGAAUUAAAGAUUCUCCGAGCUGACACUUUCCUUGGCAUAGAGAACUUGGAGUAUCUCCAGGCUGACUACAAUUUAAUCAAGUAUAUUGAACGAGGAGCCUUCAAUAAGCUCCACAAACUGAAAGUUCUCAUUCUUAAUGACAAUCUGAUUUCAUUCCUUCCUGAUAAUAUUUUCCGAUUCGCGUCUUUGACCCAUCUGGAUAUACGAGGAAACAGAAUCCAGAAACUCCCCUACAUCGGAGUUCUGGAACACAUUGGCCGUGUCGUUGAAUUGCAGCUGGAAGAUAACCCGUGGAACUGUAGCUGUGAUUUGUUGCCUUUAAAAGCUUGGCUAGAGAAUAUGCCAUAUAACAUUUACAUAGGCGAAGCUAUCUGUGAAACUCCCAGUGACUUAUACGGAAGGCUUUUAAAAGAAACCAACAAACAAGAAUUAUGCCCCAUGGGAACAGGUAGUGAUUUUGACGUUCGAAUUUUGCCUCCCUCUCAGCUGGAAAACAGCUACACCACUCCUAAUGGUCACACUACUCAAACAUCUUUGCACAGGUUAGUGACCAAACCACCAAAAACAACAAAUCCUUCCAAGAUCUCUGGAAUCGUGGCUGGCAAAGCCCUCUCCAACCGCAAUCUCAGUCAGAUUGUGUCUUACCAAACAAGGGUGCCUCCUCUGACACCCUGCCCAGCACCUUGCUUUUGCAAAACGCAUCCUUCGGAUUUGGGACUGAGUGUGAACUGCCAAGAGAAAAACAUACAGUCCAUGUCUGAACUGAUACCGAAACCGUUAAAUGCCAAGAAAUUGCACGUCAAUGGCAAUAGCAUCAAAGACGUGGACAUCUCAGACUUCGCCGAGUUUGAAGGACUGGAUCUACUCCAUUUAGGCAGCAAUCAGAUUACAGUGAUCAAGGGAGACGUAUUCCACAAUCUUACUAAUUUGCGCAGGCUUUAUCUCAAUGGCAAUCAGAUCGAGAGACUCUAUCCUGAAAUCUUUUCAGGCCUUCACAACCUUCAGUAUCUGUAUUUGGAGUACAAUUUGAUUAAGGAAAUCUUAGCAGGCACCUUUGACUCCAUGCCCAAUUUGCAGUUAUUGUACUUAAACAAUAAUCUCCUAAAAAGCCUGCCUGUUUACAUUUUUUCCGGGGCACCCCUUGCCAGACUGAACCUUAGGAACAACAAAUUCAUGUACCUGCCUGUCAGCGGGGUCCUUGAUCAGCUGCAGUCUCUGACACAGAUUGACUUGGAGGGCAACCCGUGGGACUGCACUUGUGACUUGGUGGCCCUGAAGCUGUGGCUGGAGAAGUUAAAUGAUGGGAUUGUUGUGAAAGAACUGAAGUGUGAGACACCUGUUCAGUUUGCCAACAUCGAACUGAAGUCCCUCAAAAAUGAAAUCUUGUGUCCCAAACUUUUAAACAAGCCAUCUGCACCUUUCACAAGCCCUGCACCUGUCAUUACGUUCACCACCCCAUUGGGGCCCAUUCGAAGUCCUCCUGGUGGCCCAGUGCCUCUAUCGAUUUUAAUCCUAAGUAUCUUGGUGGUCCUCAUUUUAACUGUCUUUGUUGCUUUUUGCCUUCUUGUUUUUGUGCUGAGACGCAACAAGAAACCCACGGUAAAGCAAGAAGGCCUGGGGAAUCCUGAGUGUGGUUCCAUGCAGCUGCAGCUACGGAAGCAUGACCACAAAACCAAUAAAAAAGACGGACUGAGCACAGAAGCUUUCAUUCCCCAAACCAUAGAACAGAUGAGCAAGAGCCACACCUGUGGCUUGAAAGAGUCAGAAGCCACCGGGUUCAUGUUUUCAGAACCCCCGGGACAGAAAGUCAUUAUGAGAAAUGUUGCUGACAAGGACAAAGAUUUAUUGCAUGUGGAUACCAGGAAAAGGCUGAGCACAAUUGAUGAGCUGGACGAAUUAUUCCCUAGCAGGGAUUCCAAUGUGUUUAUUCAGAAUUUUCUUGAAAGCAAAAAGGAGUAUAACAGCAUAGGCGUCAGUGGCUUUGAGAUCCGCUAUCCAGAAAAACAACAAGAUAAAAAAAACAAGAAGUCACUGAUAGGCGGAAACCACAGUAAAAUUGUUGUGGAGCAAAGGAAGAGCGAAUAUUUUGAACUGAAGGCAAAACUUCAGAGUUCUCCUGACUACCUACAAGUCCUUGAGGAGCAAACAGCUUUGAACAAGAUAUAGGUCAGGCAAUCUAACUUCAUACAGAGGACAUUUAUUUAAUGAUGAAAGUGCCUUUUGCUGACUUCUAAUUUCCAAAUACUAUGUUAUCAAUAGGCAUAGAGGUAGGUGUUUUCAAGGGUGUCUCAUUAACUCUAGCUGCAAAGAUAUGUCAAGUAGAAGAGAAUUUCCUUAAUAGAUUUUGCUACAGAAAACCUAUACUGUGGAGUCCUGUGGGGAUACUGCAAACUCUGUUGCCAAAGGGAUGCUUUAUACACACAGUACACUGAAUUUAACCUCAAGAGGCAAAUAUGUUUUGUACCCCAGUACAAAACCUUCGUCUCUUUGUGCUUUGUAAAGCAAAUUCAAGAAAACUGGUACCAGUGUUGGUACUUCAGCUGGGUCCUUCAUCUUGCACGUUAAGCUGGUGGAACUGGUAUAAUCCUUUUGAUUUGUGGCAUAGUAACAACUCUGUGUAAAGAUUAUCUGAAAAGUGUAAAAAAAAAAAGCAUGCAAAGAGAGAACAUUCGAUAGUAUUUGUAAAUCGGUAAACUUUAUGGCCUGCAUCUUGAAACCGCUGGGUUUAUAAUGUUAAAUUGUGCAAAUAUUGUUUAAAAUAUACCAUGCUUUACUUAAAUAUAAAGUAAAUCUGAACACUUUAAGCAUUACCUGUCUAUACAUAAAAACCUAAAAGAGAAAAAUAUCAACGUGAAUAAUAUAGCGUUUGUGGUGAUCUGAAUCAAAUGUGGCUUAAAUUAAACUGACACUAGAGUUUGUUCUCAGUUACGUGAAAUACCCACAAUCCUUAAAGGUUGUCCAAAAUUAGCAAAGUGCUUACCGUGUGAGCGCACCCAAAGCUAUUUUUGUAACAUAAUUCAUAUUUAUAAAGUACUUUGUAUACUAAAUAGCAAAAUAUGUACUCCUUAAUAUGUAUUUAAUAUGCCUGACUUGUUUUCCUGAUCACAGCGAAUUUAUCAGUGAGUAUAAAUUUAGAUAGAAGAAUAUACUAAACUGAAACUGAAGCUAAUGUGUACAGAAAUAUUUUGGACUUUGUGAUCAGGUAUAAAUUAAAAACAGAAAAAGCAAAAAACAAAUGAAAAAGAAAGAAAAAUACAAAAAAAACCAGUUCUGUGCUAUUCUUGUGAAUUUAGCAUAUUAUCUUCAGAUUUGUUACCAAUUGUGCAUUUUAAAAUAGGUUCCUUAGUUCCAUAGUAUCGUGUCUGGGGCAGUUGUUAUUUGCCGUCAGUUGUCUUGCUUUUCAGGAUUCUAUUAGCUUAAUUCAAAUAGUUUUCACUACAAAUAUUAAAAAAGUAAUGACCAAGGUUAAUAGUAUCUUGUAUGCAUCAGUAUUCUUUCAUCAUUCUGACUACUAUCAGAAAAUCUAGUAGAACAGUAAACAUCAUGGCAAUCUUGGCUGUCAAAGCCACACUGUAAAAUGCUUGCAUUGGUCUCAGAUGAGCUCACAGCCUGCAAGUACAAAUGAUAUGUCCCUGUAUUUGCUUGUGCUGUUAAAUUCUAAGUCAAAACUGGUUGAAGGAAUUACGUAUUUGAUAACCUGUGAUAUUUAAAGAUUUUUAGGAGCUCUCGAUUAGAAAAAUGCUAUCCAGAAAUACAUUGCCUUCUUGGCCAGCUUGUGUUUGUGGUGUGUGUGUGUGUGUGUGUGUGUGUGUGUGUUUGUGUGUGUGUGAUAUCCAUCUCUUAUGGAUUACUAUAUUAAUUAGUUAAAUAACCAAGAAGGAAAACAUAGACAUCCUUCAAGAAUUUCAAGUGGCAGAUGUUUUUGUGCAGCUUCCAAAAUGUUAUGGUUAAAGUUGUAACAGCAAUCAAUUUAUUAAGCACUAAUUUCAGGAGUCUGUGUGUUUGUUGCAAGAUUUAAAAAACAAACAAAAUACUCAUAGCAUUCUUGGAAGAAAAUGUGUGUAUGUGUUUGUGUGUGUGUGUUUGGAUAUGUAUUCAUACAUAUAGAUAAUUUAGAGAUUUUUAAUAGGAAAAAUUCUCCAUAUGUAUGUGCUGGUGCUCUUAAAAUUUUAAUGUGUAAUUUUAAUUUUCAUGACAAUGUCUGUGAAUACUUUAUAUGAAUAUAAAAAUCCAAACAAAUAAUUGCUUUCUCAUCUCAAAAGAAAAGACAAGAUGUGUGCUCAACAGCUAGUAUUCAUCUGCAAUUUCAUAAGGACUUUUAAUAUGCCAUUACCAUGCAUGCAUGCAGCCAUGGAUUAAAGGGCUCCUAAUGCAUACUGACAGGAUAAAGACGCAAAGGCUUCAAAGAAAGUGUUUUAGUUUAUCCUGUCAAUAAAGUAUGGAUUGAGGAAUCUUAAGUAGACAUUUAUGGGAGGAGCCAGAAAGCUCCAUCUAUGAUCUGGGGAUAAUAGGUCAUUGGGAUGAUGCCUUUUAUUCAGUGUGGUGAUGCUUUGAAGAUGUUUCAAAGCUUCUGCAGAAUCGUCAGUAGCAAGAGUACCUGCCACCAUCUCAAAGCUUGCUGUAGUAUAUUGGCUAUUUUAUAUUCUUCUGCUGAAAGGUAUAAAUGUUCAACAUUUUUAGGAAAAAAAAGUAAUUUAACUGUAUGUGGUUAUUUGGAGGUUCUAAUUGUAAAUGAAAGUAACAAAUCCUUGGUUAAGGCUGAUAUACUUUCCUUAACUAAAGUCAUUGUGCCUACAUUAUACAGUGUAUACUAUUUUGCACCUGUCUCUCAUUAGUUCUACUUGUACAUUUUAUGAUAAUGCAGAAUUAGGCAUAAGUUCUGAAUUGAGUACAAGAGCAGUUAAAAUACUGUAUCUACAUUUUGUUGGCUUCAAUUUUAACCUUGAUGUUAGUUUAACCCCUUGAAGUAUGACAUGUACGUUGGUACAGCAUUUUUAGUAGAACUUUGAUUCAAGUCAUGAAAAUCCAAGAAGUGCUAAUUUCUAAUGUGGUCUGACACAGGAUGGGCUUCUUGGCAUUGUAUUCAUGUCUAUGAACUGUGUUAGGACAGUUGCAAAGAAACUAGAUAUUACGAAAUCAGUGAAGGGGUUGAGAUAAUAUAUUGUGUCCGUGUAAUAUAAAUCAAGUUUUAAAUUAUUUUUUUAUGAAAUCAAUAAAGAUGAUUCAAUUCUUUAAAGUAAAUCUUUGUGUAAUUUUAUGAGAAAGCAGCUAUUAAAGUACAGUGAUUGAAGUCUAUAAGGCAAUUUAUAUUCUAUAUUUAGUUUUCCAUUGUGAAUAAUAAAGUGAAUAAAUAUAUUAAUUAGAAAGUCAUUUAAGACCACCUUUCGUUUGUUGCUUUUUUUGAAACAUUUAAUUUUAUAAGCCAUAAAGACGCAUAAUUUAAACAGGGCAUGGCCUCAUGAAUAAUAUCAACAGAUAUUUCAGAACUAGCAGAAUACAUCUAGAAAUGUAUGGUGAUAAAUUAUAAUGUCAUUUGCAUGAUUUUCGCAUUGCCAUUGUAUAAAAUGAGCACAGUGAGGUUUAUUUUGUUGUUGUUGUUAUUGUUGUCGCAUCCAAAGAGUUG